CUGACCCUCUGCGCAGCGCCACCCCCGACCAGCUCCACCUCCUCCGCCGCCUCCUCCUCCACCGCCGCCACCUCCGCUCCCUCCGCCACCGCCGCUGCCUCCUGCGCCUCCACUGCCGCCACCUACACCUCCACCCCCGCCACCACUCCCACCGCCACCCCCACCUCCUCCACCACCUCCACCGCCGCCUCCACCGCCCUCGCUAGCUCCUCCAGCGCCCCUGCCCCCUUGCCCCUGCCAAGGGCGGCGUCUCCCGCUAGGGGUAGACGCUGCCCCAACCGACUCCAAACCAGCGAGGUUUCGGGCGGCUCGGCUGCAGGGCGGCUCGGCGGCUGGGCGGCUCGGCGGCGGGGCGGCUCGGCUGCUUGGGCGGCUUCGGCUGCGGACAGGGCGGCUCGGCGGCUGGCGCUCGGCGGCUCGGCUGCUGGGCGGCUCGGCUGCUGGGCGGCUCGGCGGCUGGGCGACUAG